AUGAUAGAUUAUUUAAAAUGUGAUUGUAUUAAAUAUGCGAUUCCGGACGAAAACUCUGAACCUCCCAUAAGCAUUUCACGAAAUAAGGAGAAUACACUAGUAGCUGCUGUGGAGAAUAAAAAAUAUGUACAUAUAUAUAAAAUAAAAAAUUCAGGAUUCUCGCGCUGUGACACAAUAUGCAUAGGGAAUAGGAACAAAAUUAUCGCUCUUGAAUGGUCAAACCAAAACGAUUUACUCAUAUUGACCAUUGACAUGAAAUGUGUCAUAUAUAAAAAUGGAAAAAACGGAAAAUGGGAAAACAGUCAUGUUAAUAUUCCCAAUGAGGAUCUAACACCUACAUGUGUUUCUUGGCAUCCGCAUUCCUACUAUUUUGCCAUUGGCUUUUCAUCAGGGGUUAUAUUAAUUUGUUCAAAAAGUGAGAAUCAAAAAUGGACAAUAGAAAAACUGAUAAAUCAUUCUGGUAGUAUUUUAUUUUUACAGUGGUGUUAUUCAGGCCAUGUAUUGUGUAGCUGCUCGAUGGAUUCAACCGUUGUGCUGGUGUGCACCUCGGAUUUGCUACAUGAUGGACCUAAAAAUGAAGAAAAAUUCAGAACGUAUUCCAACAUUGACAAAGUUAUAGCAGACAGGAAUUUAAACAACAAUGAUGUAAUCAGUAAGAUUGAAUGCGAAGGACACAUCAUUUUUCAUAGUUCCUUUUCCUCAUCGAAUGAAAGAAUAGCCGUAAUAACUAGCAAUUUUGAAAAUAGUUGUGAAAAUCAGCAAAUAAUAAUUUCCGACUACUUUGAGUCCCCACCCAACACUCAGUUCCUGUCCUGGAUUGGCCAAACGAUGCAGAAGUGUUUGUUUCUUGACGAGAACAGACUAUUAGUUUACGGCUACGAGAUAUUUCCAAUCCUUAUAGAAAGCAUAAAUGGAGAAUGGACAAUAUCAAAGGUCGUUCUACCGCAAUUCUCAAUUAAAAAUUUAAGUGUCGAUUUUUUCUACGACAAAAAAACUAUUCAAGAUAUAGAAGAAGAAUGCAAAUAUAUGAAUGGAAAUGAAAUAAUUGGAGAAAUAGUUGCACAUUCGAAUAAUAUAUUACAAAUAUCCAUGUUAGAACCGCAUGAAAGUGGAAAAUACAUUACGUUUGUGACAGUGUCUAGCGAUUUCAAUGUCGUUUUUUGGUGUUUAGCCUUGUGA